AUGCUGAUGUUAACGUUGACGAGCUCGGGAGCUGCCGCUGAUAAUGAUGUGUCGGCAGGAGAAAACCUUUUCGAGCUGGACACUCUGAACACGCAAUGCCACAGACCUACCUCGCCGACCACGUCCACAUCCUUUACAUCCGUCGCAGGCCCGCCUCCUGCGGUAAACUCGGAACAUUUUUGGCCGCCAACUCCACCUCCUACAGUAACCUCGGAAAACUUUUGGCUGCCUGCUCCGCCUCCUGCUCUAACCUCGGAAAACUUUUGGCCGCCUCCUCCGCCUCCUGCUGUAACUUCAGAACACUUUUUGCUGCCUCCUCCGCCACCUGCUGUAACUUCAGAACACUUUUUGCUGCCUCCUCCGCCUCCUACUGUAACCUCGAAAAUUUUUUGGCCGAUGACGACCGGCACGGCAGCGUUCCGCCGUGACCCUGUUGUGCAGGAGCCGUGCGCAUCCGUGCGUGGAACCGAGGAGAAAGAAUUGCCAACUUACUGCCGUGUGCCCAUAACGGUGGAGAGUUUGAGGGCCGUCGUCCUCAAGCCUGUAGCCCGUCAGACUUGA